AAUGAUAAAUUCAUCUCCACGGCCAAAAUCUUUCAUCUAUAAAUGUAAAUACGUAUUUUCUCUAAUAGAAUGGCCGGCCAUUCUAUUUUUCAAACAUCAACCAAAGGGCCUUUGUCUUAGAAGGGGCCAUUCAACUGGGAGUGGGGGGGGGGGUCAUUGCAUUUUUUAUAUUUUUUUUAUAUUUUUUUAAACGUUAAUUUUAAUAACAAAUUUCUUUUUACCAAAACAAAAGAUUUAGAAUAGCAAAAAAUAAUUUUGCAGAAAACAUCUUUUUAAAGUUUUAUACAAUUAUUAAUAGCACACUUAAUUCCUCCCACUCACCGAUUCCUCCUUAAUCCCUCAAAUUUCUUUAUUCCCUUCUACUCCUCUAUACCAUUCUUAAUUUCCUCAACUUGCCGAUAUCCCUCUCAAUCUCUCCUUAAUUUCUCUUUAUCCCUCGAUAUUCCUUUUAAUCCUCACAAUCCACUAAUAC